GUCACCUGACACAAGCAAGUCAAUCACACACAAACGGAAGAGCCGCAUGCUAUCAUUUGAAAUGACAUAAGAAUAUAAUUAGGGUGCUUAAUAGAACCCAAAUUUGAGGAGAAACAACAUGAAAGGUUUAUUUUGCCGAAUUAACGGCAGCGAGCUCAAAUUCGUCACGCAGGAAACGACUCUUCCUGAGGUCUUGGGUAGCCAUGACGUCAGAAUCCACAUGAAGGCGUGUGGCCUGAGCCCGGUGGACCUCAAGUUUCUGGAAGACAUGGGACUGCAGAGAGAUACAAUUCCCCUCGGCAGGGAGGUGACCGGCAUCGUACAACGAGUCGGUCCAAAGGUCACCUUCUUCCAACCCGAUGACGAGGUUGUAGGCAUUCUUCCGCUGGACUCGGUCUGCUCGGGACUCAGUGAUGUCAUUGACAUUAAUGAACAGUAUCUAGUUGAGAAGCCGGCGAAGUUGAGCUGCACGAGCGUGGCCGCGGCGCUGGAGGACGGCCUCCGCGCGUACAGCGCCCUCCACGCUCACGCUCGCGUGGCGGCCGGACAGACGCUCCUGGUGGUGGACGGCGCCAGUUCUUUUGGCCUGAUGUGCAUCCAGCUGGCGUCUUACCACGGCGUGAAGGUUCUGACCACGUCGCACUCGCAGGAGCAGCACACCUUCUUGGAGCAGCUACGGCCCAGCGUCGGUGUUCAGGAACCUCUUGUGGUGAGGGUGAUUCCCGUCCACAAAAACCCGUCGGAGCUUCUUCCGGCGGUUCUGGAGGAGACGGGGGGUCUGGGAGUGGACAUAGUUGUGGACCAAGGAGUUAGUCUGCAAGAAAAAGAGCAACCAGAAGAGGAGGAGGAAGAGGAGGCGGCGUUCCUCCCGCACAAGCACGACAUCCUCAGUGCGUUGGCAGUGGGCGGCCACUGGGUGACGUCCCAGAAGGACCUGCAAUUGGAUCCUCCUGACAGCAGGUUAAUGUUCUUGAAGUCAGCCUCCGUAUCGUUCCUCAACGCUCAAGUGUGGUUGGCUUCGUCUUCCCAGCAGGGACGAUACCUCCAUAUUCUCAGGGACAUUGUAGAGAAGAUGUCGUCUGGAGUACUCAGACCUCAGCCUGAGGAGGCGGUUCCUCUCCAGGACGCGGCCGCCGCCAUGGAGAACGUGCAGCUUCAGCACAAGAAAAAGGCCGUCGUCCAAAUGUGAUAACGCUCUUUAAUUGGACCGCUUUGUUAAGUGUGAGGACCUCCUUGAUGCACUCUGACCUUCUCGACUGCGAGUCUAGUUUGACCAAUAAUCUACCUUGUUUUAUUCAUGAACAAAUGUGCAAAGGUCACCUCUUCCACUGCAGUUAUGUUGAAAUAGCAAAGCACAUACACAUAUCAUAUUUUGCCACAUACAGUGGCGCGUAGUCUCCAUGUUGCUGUGUUAACAUCCUCAAUAAAUUCCAUCCAGUGUGAGGAAAUUGUCUUUUUCCUCAUAGUUUCCUCUCUUGACGCAAUAUUUUGGAGUCGAACCCGCGACCGUCUGUCUGCAAGACGUGCAUCCACGUCAGCUCGCAUCGUUUACGUCCGUUUGGCAGGCCUCAGCUUGAGAGCCUCCCAGUGAGUGAAGGCAUUUUCCCAGGAUGCAUUUCUCCUCCAGCCGCAGUGACUCGACCACCCGCAGCUGCUCCCUGAGCGAGGGCUCCCCCUGUUGGAGAAGCCUGGAGAUCUGCGUAGAAAAAGAACAAAUGAGCAGUGGUGGGGAAAAAAAAAAUACUCAAGUACAUUGAUGAUGUUGCUGUACUUGAGUAGUUAUUUUUCAGAUAACUUACUUUUACUCCCUACAUUUGAAAAUGGAUAUAUGUAUUUUCAACUCUGUAAUCUAACCAUUAAAAAAUUCUCCACCUUUUCUGGGGAGAAAGUACUAAUACACUUUUUUUUUUUUCCUAUGUAAAUUCAAAAGAGAGAAACUAUCUCGGUGGUGUGCAGAUAUUUUUUCCAUUGGGCCAAGUUUUAAAAAUGGGU